UCAAAACGGAGACGUUAGCUCUGAGUGUUUGGAAUUUCUCUGGGGAUAGGGGGAGAAAAAGGGAGAGAGAUGUCAGCCAAAGGACGACCCCAGAGUUAUAGGGGAAAGAGCCAUAUGAAGGAUUUGGAGUCCCCGGAUGACCUAUCGGACAAAGACAGUUUGUUAGAUCUGGGGCCAACCGCGCCGCCGCCUGAGGAUCCGAACGUUCUUACCGUUGGGAUCAUUGCAGAUACCGAGGUGACCUUGGGGUUCCUGCUCGCUGGCAUCGGAUUCCGUCGGGACAAUCAAAACAGUUACCUGAUGGUGGAAAGUGACAUGCCCCAAGAGGAGAUCGAGAGCUUCUUUGAACAACUGUACAGGAUGCACAACCUCGGGAUCAUCAUCCUCGACUUUCCAACGCACAAGCGGCUUAAAUCAGUGUUGGAUAAGUGCAAAAAUAUGCUGCCCGUGGUAGUCGUUGUCCCCAACAAGGCAACCCUGGGUCCCUAUCAAGAAUGGAAGGGCCGCAAGCAUAUCCGUGAGCAGGAUAUGUAACGGAGCAGAUUUCGUUCUUUUCAUCUAUCUCUUACUUAAACAAAAAAUUAAAUAAAGUAUACACUUGGAAAUAUC